AUGGAUUCAACAAGUCUUUCACACUUGGGUCCCAAGUACCUCUACGUUAGUCUCUGGGACUUUGAGGCACGGACGGAAGAUGAGCUGAGCUUUCAGGCUGGGGACGUUUUUCACAUAACAGAGAAGAAGGAAGAUUGGUGGAAAGCAACAAAACUUGAUGCUGCUGGAAGGAGCCUGGGUGAAGGCUAUGUCCCUCACAAUUACUUAGCUGAACGAGAGACGAUGGAGACAGAACCAUGGUUUUUUGGGCAGAUCUCUCGUUCAGAAGCUUUGCAUAGGCUCCUUGCAGAAGAGAAUGGAACUGGCACCUUCCUCAUCAGGAUCAGUGAGAAGACAGGAGCAGACUAUGUUCUCUCAGUUCGGGACAACCACAUUGUGAGACACUACAAGAUUUGGAGGAAUGCUGAGGGAAGAUACCACAUGAAUUCAGCUGUGUCCUUCCCUGAUCUUGCUGGCCUAGUGCAGUAUCACAAAAGUAAGACUCUGUCCCACGGCCUGAGGCUCACCACACCCUGCUGGAAGCAUGAGUCAAAACCAUUGCCUCACUGGGAUGACUGGGAAAGACCCAGGGAGGAAUUUAGCCUGACCAGGAAGCUGGGCUCAGGAUACUUCGGGGAAGUCUUUGAAGGAUACUGGAAAGGGAAAGUCAAAGUGGCCAUUAAGGUCAUUGCCAAGGAUAACCUGAUGCACCACAACACCUUCUACUCAGAGAUUGAGGCCAUGAAGAAGCUGCGCCACAAACACAUUCUCUCUUUGUAUGCUAUCUCUUCCUUUGGGGACCCUGUCUACAUCAUCACUGAACUGAUGCCCAAAGGAAACCUUCUGGAACUCCUUCGAGACCCUGAAGGGGCAAAAUUGCCCACCACAGAGCUUGUGGACAUAGCAUCUCAAAUAUCAGAGGGCAUGUGCUACCUUGAGUCACAGAAUUAUAUUCACCGAGACCUGGCUGCCAGGAACAUCCUUGUGGGGGAAAAUAACAUCUGCAAAGUGGGAGACUUUGGGCUGGCCCGACUUAUCAAGGAUGAUAUUUACCUUUCCUAUGCACACAACAUCCCCUACAAAUGGACAGCACCAGAAGCCCUCUCCUAUGGAUGUUAUUCAACCAAAUCUGAUGUCUGGUCCUUUGGAAUUCUUCUCCAUGAAAUUUUCAGUGGUGGACAGAUACCUUAUCCAGGGAUGUCCAAUAAUGAGGCUCACAUGAAAGUCCUGGGUGGCUUUCGGAUGCUCCGCCCCACAAAGUGCCCAGCCUCCAUCUAUGACCUCAUGUAUAAAUGCUGGAAUCUGACUCCAGAAGAAAGACCCUCCUUUAAAAGCCUUAAAGAAAAACUCAUUAGCUUCACCAAUUAUGAAAACCCACUCUGAGCUGGGGGCUGGCCUGAAAGACAUGCUUCAGGAUGCUUCCUUACUUACCACCAAACUCCUCUACCUGGAACCCCGUGAGUAAGCUCAACGGUCUCCCUUCCCCCAGAAUCAUGAACCGUGAGCAUGUAGCAGUUCCUCGGGGACUGUGUCUGAGUGUUGCUGGACCUUGAGACAGAAGACCUGGAUUUGAGUCUGGGCUCCAACAUUCACUACUUGCACAGACAAGAAUUACUCCAUUUCUCUGGGCCUCAGUUUCUUCUCUGUAAAAUGGGAAUAAUAAUACUCAAGCUACCUCUCUCACAGGGCUGAUGUGAGGAAAUCAUUUUUUAAACCUUAAAGCUCUACCAAAAUGUCAGCUGCUGCAGUUGCUGCUGCUCCUUGCUCGGGCCAGAGCCCUUUGUGUGUACAAAACAGAAAAGGCUUCUUGAAGUAUAAAAAUGCACAAAUAAAGAACACAGCUGACCUUCAAAAAUGCCCAGAAGGCAAAGUGGUUGA